UGAGACAGGCACCCAUUGGCAUUUGUAAGUGGGCUUGGCUAAUAAGCUAAAGUCUUAAGGACAAGUGCACUGGGACACUCGGGUACUUAGCACAGUCCUGCUUCUCAAGAGGGUUAUGGGGAUGGGACUUUCCCCACCAGGAGCUCAGCAGGCAUGCGGAAGUGUGUCAGGGCAUCUGGUGCCACCUUACAGAGCACCCAGGCAGGGAACUCCUCAUGUCACCAAUGGGGAGACCGAGACCAUGAGAACUGGAAGGCAUGGAACAGGUGAGAAGAAUGGGAAGCUCCCGCUCUCCACCAGACCUUGACCUCCAGGUGACUCUCAGCCAUGAGGACCCUCGCCCUCCUCGCUGCCCUUCUCCUCUUGGCCCUCCAGGCCCAGGCCGAGCUCCUCCGAGAGACGGCUGACCAGGCUCCCGCCCAAGACCUGCCCGAGGCCGAGGACCAGGACCAGCCUGGAGCCACAGGCCAGGACAUGGCCAUCUCCUUUGGAGGAGAUGAUCGCCUCGCUCGAGACGCCUCAGGCCUUCGGAGACCAACCACCUGCUACUGCAGAAGGCGCUCAUCCUGCCCUGCAUAUGAGCGUUACUCUGGGACCUGCACGUUAAAUGGCAUCCUACACCUUCUCUGCUGUCGCUGAGCUUUGCGAUCUGAGACCCAAAGCAGUGAGAGCUUCCAUUGGAAGACCUGGAAAAUCGUUACACUUUCAGCCUUGUACCUUUUCUUGUUUCUGUCUCUGAAAUAAAC